AUGAAGGGGGUCAAUGAAAGUCCUCAAAUUACACCAAAGAAGCGGAAGUUCGACUCGAACGUGUUUUGGAUUCAUGGAAAUCCCGGCUCAGGCAAAACGGUGCUUGCAUCGUUCAUUGUUGAAGAGCUUCAAUCCAUCGCCCAAGAUGAUCAAACACCAUUGUUUUACUUCUUCUUCCGGCAAGCUCAGCCAACCGAAAAUCAUCGAGCAGCUGCUUAUAGAUCACUGUUGUCUCAAAUCCUCAACGCUUUUCGUCAUGACGAAGAGAUUCUCGAUAUUUUUGCAUUUGCCUACGAAACUUCACCAAGUGGCCAAAUUAUCGCGACCCCGGCUGAGAUGUUUGAGCUGCUUCAGCUGUGUAUGAUCAAGCUUGCGGGCUCAACGUUCUUACUAGAUGGAUUAGACGAGUGUUCCGAUAACGACUCUCUCUUGACAGAGCUUCUGCUUUUGCAGGUGAAUAUCUUGUCCAAUUGCAAAUUCGUACUCCUAAGUCGUCGCAACCUUCUUUGUCUUUCAAAGAUGGUUGCAAAUGACCGGCAAAAAGAGAUGGAACGAAGCUUGGUGAGCAAGGACAUCGCUCGUUAUCUGAAACAUCAACUUGAAACCCUUUUCGAGGAUGACAUGCUUCCUAAAAGGGCACACAUUCCGUCUCUGGCUGAGAAUAUGGUUCAAGGCGCCGACGGGAUGUUUCUUUGGGCUCAUCUGAUGAUCUCUUACUUGCGGUCUCCGGUCUUCACCCCCUCGCGCAGAGUACGAACAAUUCAGGACAUUGUCAUGCCAGAAGGACUUGAGGCUAUGUAUGAACGCAUCAUUUGUCUCAUCCAAUGCCACAAUAGGCUUGAGCGUGAUCUCGCAAGUCAAGUCUUCAUUUGGUUGACUCACGCAAAGAAACGUUUGGAUACACCCCAGCUGCGCUCUGUUAUUUUUGAAGAUGCAGAGGACUUCGAUGCUCAAGAGCGCCAGGCCACGGAUUUAAUCGAGACAGUUUCAUUUGUCUGCGAAGGUCUGGUAGAGUCCCGUACGGUAGGUGCAGAAACAUAUGUUGAUUUCAUCCAUCUUUCCGUGCGAGAAUACUUCACCCAAAUUGGAGGUGAUGCCUUCAGCUCAACACAAUGUCGCAAUUCUUUGAUUCCACCAAAAGAAAUCGCACACUUGUACCUUGCAAAAAAGUGUUUUUGUGAACUGGUCCAAAAAUCAGAGAUUGAGGCUGGCCUUCCCAGACCUUUCACAGCCUAUGCCGUCGAAUUCGUCAUAUUCCAUUUGAGCGAGACAAAGGGCUUCCUAUCAACACCGUCAUUUUCUAUCAAGAUGGAAUGGCAGAAGAAUGCAGAGGCAGUGAUACAAGCCUGCCACAAAUUUCUAGGGACUCCAGCCGCGAUUUCCAACUGGAUUGAGAAGACAUAUAGUCAUAGCAUGCUCAUGUCGGACAAUAUCCAUUCUCCUCUGGAAUUGGAUGGCCUCGCCGCUUGGGUGGAAUGGGUAGACCCGAACUUGAUCCAUUUUCCAUCCCCCGAAAAGGCCAAACGUCUGGUAUGUGAUUUGAAGGCCUUCAUUGCAGACAUGCAAAACGUCAUCUACCACUGGGAUACCAAAUUGAAGUCUGACCCAAGCCUUAUCUGGGAUGAGGUCUCCGCAUUCUCGCAGUCACAAUUUCUCCAGCCCAGCACUGCGUCUUCUGCGAGCUCUCUCAUAUCAAAGCAGCCAGAGAAUAUCUCGGCAAGCUCCCGAUCUCUCUGUACAAUUUCCGAGACCUCGCCGGAUUGCACCCGAACAGCAAUUCUCAGUAUCUGGCCCUCCAGUGCGUUUGAACAGAGCUGGGGAAAGCUAGAGUCUGGAGGAUCGUUAUCUUCAAUGCUACACCUGUGCUCAGGCUGGACUGCAACAUAUGAGAUUUGGAUCAAGAGCAAAAGAAAACACAGAUGCCAAAUAUCUUUGGAAGAAAAGGAAAUUUCUCUACUGAUGCGGCAGUCAUUCCGGGAGGAGUUCACUGAUGAAUGGAAAACGUCCUUUCCUCUCGCCAUCAGCCCCUCUUUGGUUUCAUUCAUCGUUCUCAGAACUAUGUUCACGGUCGAGGCAACAUGGUGCAAAUCAACAGAGAUUGAUAUGAGCUUCCAGGAAGCAAAUCAUCAUUAUUGGGAUGCGGACCUUCAGCCUUUUGAGUCGCAAGAUGAGACCAUUAUUGGUCUGCCGCCAUUUUUGCGGCAUCUGCAUCACGAUUGGUAUUCUUACAGGUUUACGUUCAGUUCUGAUGAGAAAUACGUUCUCCUCAGCCAAUUUGUCUAUCACAGUAAGAAGAAAGACCUCGUCGUUUUGCGCAGUUUGCCUUCUGGCAAGAUGCAAUAUGUCUCCAGAUUGAAUGUUAGCACCCGCUUCGGUCAUGAACAUCGACUGUUAUCUGUCUUCCACCCGAGAGAUGAUUUACUUAUUUUCUUCGCUUGUGAUGCCCUUCAUUUCUGGGAGUUUGGCCAAGGGAACUCACGGCAAGUGACCACGGUAGACAAUCAACAUGGAUUCGAUAAGCCGAGAGACAUUCUUCUCUCGAGCUGCGGCAAGUAUGUUCUACUUCCCAUGGAUACGCCUUCGAAUACUCGCACGCAGAGCCAAGUCAUCCCUAUACCCGACCAUCUUCUUUCAUCGGAAUCGAAUUCUGGUUGCUCGGUCCAAGAAGCAGUCGACACCUCACUAAGCCGCAUCGGCUGUACAGAUGUUUCAGAAUUCAAUUUCCAGCCUGGACACGUCAUAGGGCAUCGUCACUUUCAUUUAGGGACGAACGGAUCCACAAUGCAAACAACAUCUGGAUCCAGUCUGCAAAUAGAGCUCGAAAGACGUGAAGACCAAGAGAAUUCAAUUUCUCAAAGCCUGAAGGUCAUCGAGUUUCCGGGCAUCGGCUCCUCUGAAGAUUAUGAUUCGGUGAUUCAGCUACCUUUGGAUGGAAGCUCAAGGGUCCAAAUUCAUAUGAACCGCAAAGUCCAGAGAGGGUAUGACUUGAGGCAAAAUACAUUCGACCUGGCGCCUUUCGUAAGCAGCCGAGAUGCACGCUUUAUGAGACUACAGACAACAUACGUGAAAGGUGCGAUCACUCCAGCUGCAGAGGACGGCGGGUGGGAAUCCAAGGGGGUGACUGGGCUAUCUGACUAUCGACUCUUUUCAUCAGAGCCGUUGGAGGCGAAAAGGCCAUUCGAGGAUAUCGAUCGGACAAUGACCAAGCGAUUGAGACGAUUUGAAGGAACGAUAUGA